AUGAAAUGUGACCUACAGGGCACCCCUCGCUUCACUGCAUUGUUGAUGAGCGGGGACUUUGUUGUUGGAGGUGCUUUUUCCUUACACUACACACAGGAUGCAGUGAUUUAUAACUACACCAAGAAGCCUGAGCCUCCAAGGUGCACAGGAAGGUUUAAUGCUCGGGGUUUGCGUUUUGCUCGUGCAAUGAUCUUUGCCAUUGAGGAAAUUAACAACAGCUCAGAGCUGCUGCCAGGGAUCAAACUUGGAUAUCAAAUCUAUGACUCGUGUAUUUCAGCACCAGUGUCUGCACAUAUGGCAUUUCAAAUGACAAAUGGUCAAGACCCUGUGUUUUACAGAGGCAGUAAUUGUUCCCAAUCUGGUGCUGUUAUGGCUGUUGUUGGAGAUGAUGGUUCCACACCAUCCAUCAGCAUGGCACGCAUCAUUGGUUCUUUUAACAUCCCUCUGGUAAGCCAUUACGCCACAUGUGCCUGUCUGUCAGAUAAGCAGCAGUUUCCAACUUUUUUCAGAACAAUUCCCAGUGAUCAGUUCCAAGCUGAUGCUCUGGCCAAGCUGGUGAAACACUUUGGCUGGACUUGGAUUGGUACUGUUUAUUCUGACUCUGAUUAUGGAAAUUAUGGAAUGGCAUCGUUUCUUGAAGCAGUACACAGAGAGGGCAUAUGUGUAGAGUACUCUGAAUCUUUCUUUCGAACUGACCCAAGUGCUAAAAUCAGGAGAGUAGCAGAUGUCAUUCGCAGAUCAACUGCAAUGGUUGUUGUAGCUUUUACAGCCUCUGGAGAUAUGAGUGUCCUGCUAGAGGAGCUGGCUCAUGAUCCUCCACCUCGUCAGUGGAUAGGAAGUGAGGGCUGGGUAACUGACCCAAACUUUUUGAAAUUCAGUUUCUGUGCAGGAACCAUUGGAGUUGCCAUUCAGAAAUCUGUCAUCCCAGGGCUCAGAGAUUUUUUGCUGGAUCUCUCUCCUGCUGAAGUGGCAGCCUCUUCAGUGCUUACUGAGUUCUGGGAGGACUCAUUCAACUGCAGCUUAAAAAUAAAUGAUGAUCCAAACAAGAAAGUCUGUGAUGGAACACAAGAUAUAAAAUUUCUUAAAAGCCCGUACACUGAAACUUCUCAGCUGAGAAUAACUAACAUGGUGUACAAGGCUGUUUAUGCAGUUGCUCAUGCCAUUCACAAUGCAGUGUGUGAGGAAACUAAUGGUACUACUAGGUGUGACAAAGGUGUAAGACUAGAGUCCAAACAGGUUUUGACUGAACUGAGGAAAGUUAACAUUUCCCAAAAUGGUUAUCCUGUGUCAUUUGAUGUUAAUGGGGAUCCUGUGGCUUUUUAUGAGCUGGUCAACUGGCAAAAGAGUGAGAGUGGAGUUAUUGAACUGGUAACAGUAGGAUAUUAUGAUGCAGCACUGCCUAAGGGCCAGGAGUUCCAUAUCAACAGGAACAUAACCUGGGUGGGGGGUGCUACAUGGGUACCAGUGUCAGUGUGCUCUGAAAGUUGUUCUCCAGGAACUCAUAAAGUGUUGCAGAAAGGAAAACCCAUUUGCUGCUAUAAUUGUACACCGUGUCCUGAAGGAGAGAUUAGUAACAUGACAGAUUCUUCUGAUUGCUUCCCAUGCCAUAAAGAAUUCUGGCCUAAUUCAGAAAAGGAUGUUUGUUUUCCCAAACUUGUAGAAUAUUUGUCAUAUGAUGAAGUCCUGGCAAUCAUCCUGGCUGCAUUCUCUGUUUUUGGAGCCUGUCUGGCCAUAAUAACAGCAGCUAUUUUUUUACGUCACAGAACAACUCCAGUUGUUAAAGCCAACAACUCUGAGCUGAGCUUCUUGCUGCUCUUCUCUCUGACUCUGUGUUUCUUAUGUUCAUUAACUUUCAUUGGAGCUCCCUCUGAGUGGUCCUGCAUGCUGAGACACACAGCGUUUAGCAUAAUAUUUGUUCUUUGUAUCUCCUGUGUUCUUGGGAAAACUAUAGUGGUUUUAAUGGCCUUUAAAUCUACACUUCCAGGUAGUAAUGCUAUGAAAUGGUUUGGGCCUCCACAACAAAGGAUGAGUGUUGUAUGUCUUACUAUUAUUCAAGUUUUAAUUUGUACUGUUUGGUUGUUACUCAGUCCUCCUUUCCCAAUGAAAAACCUGAGCACAUACAAGGAGAAGAUCAUCCUGGAAUGUGCUUUAGGCUCUGCUGUUGGCUUCUGGGCUGUGCUCGGCUACAUUGGCCUGCUGGCUGUUUUUUGCUUUGUGUUAGCUGUUCUAGCUCGGAAACUACCUGAUAAUUUUAAUGAAGCCAAGCUGAUAACCUUCAGCAUGCUGAUAUUCUGUGCAGUGUGGAUCACCUUCAUCCCAGCAUAUGUCAGCUCUCCUGGAAAAUUUACUGUGGCUGUGGAGAUAUUUGCCAUCCUGGCCUCCAGUUUUGGACUGAUACUGUGUAUAUUUGUUCCAAAGUGUUUCAUCAUAUUAUUUCAGCCAGAGAAGAACUCCAAGAA